AUGGACCCCGCCAGGAAAGCAGGUGCCCAGGCAGUGAUCUGGGCUACAGGGUGGCUGCUGCUGCUGCCGCUGCUGCUUCACCAAGGAGCGCAGGCCCUGGAGUGCUACAGCUGCGUGCAGAAGGCGGAUGAGGGCUGCUCUCCGCACAAGAUGAAGACGGUGAAGUGCGCGCCGGGCGUGGACGUCUGCACAGAGGCCGUGGGGGCGGUGGAGACCAUCCACGGACAAUUCUCAGUGGCAGUACGAGGUUGCGGUUCGGGACUCCCCGGCAAGAAUGACCGCGGACUGGACCUGCACGGGCUUCUGGCCUUCAUCCAGCUGCACCAGUGCGCGCAGGACCGCUGCAACUCCAAGCUCAACCUCACCUCGCGCUCGCUCAACCCCGCAGGCAACGAGAGCGCGUACGAGUCCAACGGCGCCGAGUGCUACAGCUGCGUGGGGCUGAGCCGCGAGGCGUGCCAGGGCACCGCGCCGCCCGUGGUGAGCUGCUACAACGCCGGCGACCGCGUCUACAAAGGCUGCUUUGAUGGCAACGUCACCUUGACGGCAGCUAAUGUGACGGUGUCCUUGCCUGUGCGGGGCUGUGUCCAGGAUGAGCUAUGCACCCGAGAUGGGGUGACAGGCCCGGGGUUCCUACUCAGCGGCUCCUGCUGCCAGGGCUCCCGCUGUAACUCUGAUCUGCGCAACAAGACCUACUUCUCGUCUAGGAUACCACCCCUUGUUCUCGUGCCCGCUCCAAAGGCCACCACUGUGACCUCGACCACUUCUGUCACCACUUCCACCCGGGCGUCAGCUACCUCCACCUCCACCACCAAGCCCACCCCAGCCCCAACCAGCCAGACCGCUGCAAAGGAAGGAGAGCUUGAGGGCUCAGGGAAGGAGGGGUCCAGAUUGGCUGGAGGUGCUGUUGUCCACCAGGACCGCAGUAAUUUGGGGCAGUAUCCCACGAAAGGUGGGAGCCAGCAGACCCCUAAUAAAGGCUCUGCGGCUCCCACGGCCGGGUUGGCAGCUCUCUUACUGACCCUGGCCACUGGUGUCCUACUAUGAGCUUCUCCACCUGGAAACUUCCGUCUCGCCUACUCCCCUGGCCUUGGACCCCCCUCUUCCCAUGACUUCCCUUUCCCGCCACUGGACUGGGCUGGCCCAGCCACUAGUCUUCCGUCCGACGUCUCCCAGUAGCCCCAGCUUCCGCUGCACUGGUUUGCGGCUUCGGGAAAUAAAGUUACUGUUGUAUAUAUCCUGCCGGGGUGUUCUAGCUUUCUGAGGGCAGCAACUGUACCCCACUCAUCCUGGUCUCCCCCUGGACCCCUCAUGACGCCUAGGACAGCAGGAGGCAAGUCAGCUGUCACAGCAAAGGUGGGAAUGAGGCUGACAAGCUUGCCUUACUCACUUUCUCAGGCCAGCCUGGAAUGGGGGGUGCGUGGCGGGGUGCUGGUCCCCCCAUCUUCCCAGGAGUCAGUUCCUCCUCCGUCUUCCUUACUAGACUGUGAGCUCCUCCAGGGCAGGGACUGUGCCUUAGGCCUCUGUGUGAUUAGUUUUCUAGCACAUAAAGGCUUCAAUAAAGACUUAAUUACUUUG